CUCUUUCCUUUCCAGAUUUUGGCAAUCAUUUCCAUCAUGUUUAUCGUACUAUCUACAAUUGCCUUGUCCCUUAACACACUUCCUGAACUACAAGGCGUGGAUGAAUUUGGGCAGACCACAGAUAAUCCGCAACUUGCCCACGUGGAAGCAGUGUGCAUUGCAUGGUUUACAAUGGAAUACCUCUUGCGGUUCCUAUCCUCGCCUAAGAAAUGGAAGUUUUUCAAAGGCCCGUUGAAUGCUAUUGAUUUGCUAGCUAUCUUACCAUACUAUGUGACUAUCUUCCUCACAGAAUCCAAUAAAAGUGUACUUCAGUUUCAAAAUGUACGACGAGUGGUCCAGAUAUUUCGGAUUAUGAGGAUACUCCGGAUUCUAAAGCUUGCCCGGCACUCAACGGGUUUACAGUCCUUGGGGUUUACACUGAGGAGGAGUUACAAUGAGCUGGGAUUACUCAUCUUGUUUUUGGCCAUGGGCAUUAUGAUCUUUUCCAGUUUAGUGUUUUUUGCAGAAAAGGAUGAGGAUGAUACAAAAUUCAAGAGCAUCCCAGCUUCCUUCUGGUGGGCAACAAUCACCAUGACAACAGUAGGCUACGGAGACAUCUACCCCAAAACACUUUUAGGUAAAAUAGUAGGAGGACUGUGUUGCAUUGCUGGAGUGCUGGUGAUUGCUCUUCCCAUCCCAAUUAUUGUCAAUAACUUCUCUGAGUUCUACAAAGAGCAGAAGAGGCAGGAGAAAGCCAUUAAACGCAGGGAAGCUCUUGAAAGAGCAAAAAGGAAUGGCAGUAUUGUCUCCAUGAACAUGAAGGAUGCUUUUGCCCGUAGUAUAGAACUCAUGGACAUUGUGGUUGAAAAGAACGGAGAAAGCAUAGCCAAAAAGGAUAAAGUUCAGGAUAAUCAUUUAUCUCCCAGCAAAUGGAAAUGGACCAAGAGAACACUCUCUGAAACUAGCUCUAGUAAAUCUUUUGAAACUAAGGAACAAGGAUCUCCAGAAAAAGCCAGGUCAUCUUCAAGUCCCCAGCACCUGAACGUCCAGCAGCUAGAGGACAUGUAUAACAAAAUGGCAAAGACUCAGUCCCAGCCAAACCUUAAUACUAAAGAGUCAAGUCAGCCUGGAAAGCAAAAGGAAGAGCUAGAAAUGGAAACCCUUCCUGGCCCUAUGGUGCCCUUGCUGACAACUCGUGCUGAUGGGAUCAUUGACAUGAGGAGCAUGUCCAGCAUCGACAGCUUCAUAAGCUGCGCAGCGGAGUUCCCUGACUCUGGCAAGUUUUCCCACAGCCCACUGGCUACCCUUCCCUGCAAAAGUGGCAUUAACAUGAUUCAAGAGCAGAGCAGGCCAGAGGGGAGUGGUGCCAGAUUUGUGGAAAUGAACCCAAGCUCCGAAGGCAGCCACCGUUCUGCGUUUUUCAUAGAAAGUCCCAAAAGCUCCAUAAAGGCCAGUAACCCGUUAAAACUAAGAUCUCUGAAAGUCAACUUCAUGGAAGAGGACACCAGCACAUUAGUACCAGCAUCAAAUGUACUGAGAAUAUAUCCAGAGCCUCUCAAGAGCCGGGGAGCUGCUGCCACCACAGAUACUUCCUUACUCUCUGACAGAUCUCUCAUGAGCCCAGAAACCUCAAUCUACACAACCGCAAGUGCAAGAACACCCCCAAAGUCACCAGAGACGCAGACAGCCAUAGCUUUCAACUUCCAUGAUGCUGGUAUACACAAAUAUAUAGAUGCUGACACUGAUGAUGAAGGUCAGCUGCUUUAUGAUUCAAGUCCGCCCGGAAAUGUGAGUCCCAAGUACAAUGUUAGAAACAGUGGCUAUCUAAAGCAAAAGGACAAUGUUUAUAGAACAGAGAAGAACCAUCUAGAAGCUGCUGCUUUACCCACCUCCCCCAAGCUGAUAGGGCAAAACUGCAUUUACUCUAUGGAAGGUAUCACUGGAAGAACCCAGGGCAAUCAGGAGACUGUCAGACUAGAAAAUCACAUUUCCCCAGAAGUCCAUGUAUUACCAGGCAGCGGAGGACAUGCUAACACACAUGAUCAAAGCAUCUGA